AUGGGAGAAGAGCAGUCAUUGCCAGAUCCUCAAACAUCUGGUGCUACUUUACCAUCAGUACCCUACUCGAAUUCACUCCUCAAACUUCAAGCACACUUGGAUAGCAAGACAUGUAGUUGUUGUUUCAAUCUUCAUCCAUUGACUACUGCUCGAAUCGUCAAUGAACGAGCUAUGUCAGGCUAUGUUGCUAAUUUGUGGACACUUGGUGAAAGUCGCUGGACAUCGGAAGUUAGUGCUCCAUUUUAUGGCGAUGAACCUACACCAAACAAUCCAGUGGAAGAUAUUUGGCACAAUUAUCCCUUGGAUCGACCGAAUCAAACUAUGCUUGAUGACGCACAACCUCGACAAGUCGUUCGGGAUCUGAAAGAGACUCAACGUCUAGAGCGAUGUUCGAAAUAUUUUCGGGCCAAAAUUCGUGAACAAUUUCAAAUGAAACAUUCUGACAAAUCAGGAUUAAUCAUUCGAGUCAAUUGUAUUAUUCAACGUCUUCCGAUUAAAGAAAUUGAUUACACGCUCGAUCAAGUAUCAAAUAAAAUGUUUACAUUCUGCAUCUACGGCGAAGAUGAAACAAAUGUUUAUGAUGACCAGUAUCCAUCCAGAUGCUUUGGGCUUCGAUGUCCAUGUUCGUGCAUUCUAAUGUGA